CUGUUUUUAAUCGUGCUGCCGUUGUUAACAUGGCACAGUUAGUAAAAAUGAUUGUCAACGAAUUAAACCAACCACCUUUCAAUUUAAACUUGACGAGUGUCACGUUUAACGCCCUUCAUCCCCCUCAGCUACUGCAACUUCUUAGUGAUGUCUUGUGUGAAAUUGAAUCUAAAAAUCGCGUCGAUAUCAGUGAUGAGCCCGUCGAUGCUUUGGCUCUGCGUUUGUUAACCUCUUUGCAAAUUUUCAAAUUCAAACCUGAAACGGAAGAUCCUAAUGAUUUUCGUGAAGGUUUGAUAUCAGGUCGACCGGAAAAAAUUAACCCAAUACUGAAUUGGCUACUUCAGCGCAGGGAAGAGCUGAAGAAACGAGCCUAUCUCUCUCGUUAUCUCGUCAAAAUUGACAUCGCACCUGAGAUGCGAUCAGAUAGUGACGUACUCGAUCUAUACGAACAGUACGAAUUCCUGAUUGAAGAGUUCAAACAGAGGCAUAAGCAAUUCGAAGCAAGCCAAAUUGUAAAUGACACCGUCAUCGACCUUCGUAAAGAUCUCCAAUCGAUGGAAGAUGAUAGAGAAGUUUUGAUUCGUCGAAUUGAACGUACUCAACGCAAAGUGGAGGGUGUGGUGAAUUAUAAUCAGUUGCUUUCGGUGGCGAAGAAACUCCGGGCUGAGAAAGAAAAGAACCGUGAAUUUCAAGCGCAGAAAGAAGAUCAAAAGAGUUACCUUGGUCAUUUGGAAUCGCGGCGUCAACGUUUAAUUAAUCAGUUGACAGAGGUCCGCAAAACUAAAGCCAACUCCAGUGGGCAGAUGCUGCUCCAGCGCGCUGAAGACGCAAUUCGUGUUAAUCAAUACAUGAUUAACGAGAAACUGAACAAGGAAACUCAGCUGGUCACAGCCAACAUUGCUUUAAUGGAAAAAAUGUUAGCGGCCCCCAAUCCGACCUCUGCGGAUCUUCAGAUCGUCAUACAAAAAAGCGAUGAUUUCAGGAGCAAGAUCGCUUAUCUUACGGAGAAAAGAGCUUUACAGAAUGAUCCAAUAGAAGACGGUAUGGCACUUUACAGACAGCAAUCGCUUAUAACUUCUCGGAAGAAGGAAGCUUGCGCUGAGAGACUGAAUGAUUUGACUCAAGAAAUGAAUACUUUAGAGGCACAGCUACAGGCAAAAAAGGAGCAACUAGGAGGCCAGUCCGAGACAGCGCUGACUAGUGAGCAAUUCAAAACUUAUGUCAGUGACUUACGCGUUAAAAGUAACGUGUACAAACAACGGCGUGCGGAGUUGAACGAUUUGAAAGCAGAAUAUGGCAUCUUGAGUCGAACGCUGGAAAUCCUUAGAGCGCAAGAGGGAGGAUUGACCGAGAAUCUAGACAGGAUUGAAACCCAGCAGGGUGUCAAAGGAUUCCGAGAAACUCGAGAUCUUCUUGAGAAAAUUUCUGACGAGAAGGCCAACACGGAUGAAGAAAAAGGACGUACUUUAGAAGAGAUGUCUAACCUGGUCCGCAUUCUCAAUUCCAAGAUUAGCGAAAAGAAAGUCCUUCUCGCUCCCCUUCUCCGCGAAUUGCGUCCUUUAAGGCAAACUUACCAGGAAUCUCUACCCGAAUACGAAGCUAAAAAAAGAGAAUACGAAGCACAGGUUCAGCUUAUCGAGAAUACCAUCACAUCGAUUGCAAACGUGAAAAGCGGAUUGGAAAAUGAGAUUGUCACUUUGGAAGAACGAUGCCGUCAGCUGGAAGCUGACAUAAAGGAAAAUGAAACAUACUUGCAGAGAGCCACUGAUGAGAUGAAACUGUACGUCAGCGGUGUCCAACAGCAACAAACUGAACGCGGCAAAUCCGUUCGUGAUCAGCUUCAACAGAAAAUCGCUGAACAGGAAAAAUUGAACGCUCAGCUACGUCAAGAUCAGCGGCAGCUCAAAGACAAUCUUCCGCAAAUGGAAGAACAAAUGAAAUACUGGGAGAAACUUGAAAAGAUAUUUCGAGUCAAAAUCCUUUGUCAGGAGAAACAGAAGUUGCAAGAGGGAACGGUUCGUCGUGAGCGAGGAAGGGAAACGUUAGUGCUGCAAUGAUGCAAGUAACGUGUUUUGAACAUUCACAACAUUACUGUUUGUGAUGUAUCAUUUUUGAAAAUCUUAUAACGGUGGAUCGUGAAAUACAAUUGACUUCCGGGGAUUUAA